CGGCUGACAACGACCCGACCCGGCCCGGGGGGACCCCCGGCAGCCAGGGGAGCCUCCUGCUGCCUUAGAACUCCCCCUUGGCUGAGGGGCUGACGCGCCCCGCUCCCCAACACUCCCGGCGUUCAGGGCCUCCCUCCCCCAGUGCUACAGCAGCAAGCGGGGAUGAGGGAAUACGCGGAAUAAGCAGCACGGUUUUUUCUUAAUCCCCCCCAACAGCCAUCCUAAUUUCCCCCCUCCUUUUCUCAGCCCAGGCCUCUCCUUACGCAUAAAAUCAUCAAGGUUGGAAGAGACCUUUAAGAUCACCCAGUCCAACCAUCCACCCAGCGCUGCCACUGUAACCCUUAAAGCACUGAACCACAUCAUCCAGCGCCACAUCCAGGCGCCUCCUAAACACCUCCAGGGACCUCCCUGGGCAACCAUUCCAAUGCCUGAUCAUCCUAACAGUGACAUUUUUUUUCCUAAUAACUAAUCUGAAUCUGCCGUCUCAGUUUAAGGCCAUUUCCUCUCAUCCUCUCACUGCAGGCACGGUAGAAGAGACCGGCCCCUCACCACAAUCUCCUGUCAGGUGGUUGUAGAGAGCGAUGAGGCACCUGCACCCCCAGGCCCCGUGGACCUGGGUUAGGGCUCCACGGAGCCCCACGCCACAGCCCCGGCCUUGCUGUCCCCUUCCCCAGGGAUUCCCCUUCUCUUCCCCUCCUCUCCAGUCGAUGGAGAAGGGCAGGUAUGCCCCGGGGACACUGGGGAAGUGGCUCCAGGCUCCCCGACCUUGGCUACGGAGCUGGCCCCGGCAGCAGCCCGGGACAGCAGCUUGGCCAGCACGUCUGCUGGCAGUCUGCAGGUCUCCAGAGAGAAGAGCCAGCCUGCCAGCUCUUAGCAGCGCUGGACGGUGACCUAAAGGCACUGGCAAGUGCUUGUCUGAAGCAAAUCCCUCUGUGAGCCACUACUACCCCUUUUUGGCACUGAAAUGCCAUGUUGGCACUUGAGGCUAAGGAGGCCUUUCCAGAAAAACAAGGCAUGUAAAAGAUUAGUCUUGAACUACUAUAGGGGUUCAAAGGAAAGUAUUAAAAAUAACAAGAACAGGAGUGCUGGAAACACUGCCUCAGGGAGUAUGUGCAGCAGGCAUAGGAGCAAAAUUGUACAGAUGGCAGUUUUUUGUUGCAGGCAACCCAAGAAUGACAUCAGUGCACUGAAGCAGUGUUUUGGUUCUGCAUGUCUGAAAACUUUGGUACCAAAUUCAGUUCCUGAUCCUUAAUGCCUCCUUCUUGCUUAAAAACCCUUUGGUAAUGUUGUUUCCCCCAUACCACACUGUAGGACCAGUAUUGUGGCCACUCACUCCUCCCUAAACAGGAGCUUGUAAAGAUGAAUGUCCUGCAGGCCUGGUUCAUGGGGUGGUGUUCCAUGUGAUGUUCUGCACAGAGUGUUUGUAGUUCUGGGUUUGCUGACUGUAAGCUGGGACUCUUGUUCAGAGCACUCACGUCAGUAACCAAUAGCAACCAAGCCAUUGGUAUCCUUUGACAUUACACCGUAGUUACCAGAUGCUAUACUUAGUACACUAAAAAAAGGCACUUGCAAAUCUGUCAAAAAUCAUAACAACUCUAUCCCUUAUUUUCCCAGGACGUAGUUAAAGCAGGAACUUUAAAUCUGACUGGAUUCCACAGACUGUUCUCGAGCCGACCAGUACUUUAAAACCACGUACAGUACUCAAUGCACCACUGCCACCAUGCAAUGCUCCAUGUCAGAGUGCGUGGAUCCUCCAUAAAUCCAUCCUGCUGAGGUUUGGUGUGGACAGAGCUUGAGGAGUGCUGCAAAAGGCCGAUUUGCAGCAGCCGGUCCUUUGCGGCGGCGCUGUGCCGGGCCGGGCAGAGCGGCGGCGGCCGUGCAGCAUGCUGGAUCCGGAGGGCAGUGUGGAGCAUCAGCCUUCCCCUUCCUUCCCCAAACUCCUGCUCAUCCCUCUAGCCAUGCUCCUCGCAAUUGCAGCGCUCCUGCUCUUAGCCUUUUCCGCCACGCGGCAGAAAGAGCCUGAUUUUUACACUUUCAAAGUUGUAAACAUCAGGGGCAAGUUAGUCUCCCUGGAGAAGUACAGGGGCUCGGUGUCACUGGUUGUCAACGUUGCAAGCGAGUGUGGGUACACAGACAGCCACUACAAGGCCUUACAGCAGCUACAGAGGGACCUGGGCCCCUACCAUUUCAAUGUGCUGGCCUUCCCCUGCAACCAGUUUGGGCAGCAAGAACCAGACACCAACAGAGAAAUCGAGAGUUUUGCGCGAAAGACUUACGGUGCCUCCUUUCCCAUGUUCAGCAAAACCACAGUCAGCGGGGCUGGAGCAAUUCCUGCCUUCAAGUACUUAAUUGAUUCUACAGGAGAAGAACCAACCUGGAACUUUUGGAAAUACCUAGUGGACCCCAAUGGGAAAGUAGUAAAGGCCUGGGACUCUACUGUCUCUGUGGAAGAAAUAAGACCUCAUGUUACAGAACUUGUAAGAAAAAUCAUCCUGAAGAAGAAAGAUGAAUUAUGACUUUCAAAAAUACCAGCAUGCCAAUUACAUCUCUGUUGAGAAUUAGGACGGGUCUUUGUCUUUUCACAUUCCAAAAGAGAGAAUAUGGGGAAGGGAAAUUAGGACCAGUUGAAUCUAUAGUCACCAUUCUAAGAAUGUAGAAAACAGCAAGUUAGCAUGGUCUAAGUAAUUUAAAUUUUUUUCUCCAGCUGAAUUCAGUUUGACCUUUCUGGGAAAAAAGAAAUUCUCAGUAAUUGUUUCUUCCCCAAUUCAAGUUAUUCAUUGUGGAUAACACUACAGGAAGUCAGUUAAUGUACUUGUAGGAAGAAGACUCAGAAUAAUGAGAAUUUCCUAACUGGGUUCUCACUGAUAUCUACAUUUUUGUUGUUAUGUUUUGACACAAACUGAAUAAAAUAAAGAGUAAAAAGUG